AGCUCCGCUUUCACUCAUCGUUUUUCUAGUCGGUGAACAGUCACGCUGAUGCUCAAGGAUCGCUGGAGGGCACGCGGUUGCUGCGGGGCGGGAAAACGGCGCCACGCGGCAGCCCGCUUAGUCCCGCGAGGCUCAAUUGCCAGCGUGUUGUUAGCCUGCUAGCUUAGCCUCCAGCUGAAGAGAAGAUGUCCAGGGAGCAGCUGAGUAUCGCGGAGCUCCUGCCCUCACUGGACAGCUCCGAGCUGCAGGAGGCGGAGCAAGUGCGGGCCGCUGUCAACCAGCAUCUGAGCACAGAUAAAGGGGGCGCUGUCCUCUCCUGUCUGGUAGAGUACUACCUGGACUCCUCCUCCUCUCAGGCCGUGCUCCUCCUCUCCUCCAUCCGGGAGCCGCAUCAUAAGGCGCUGUUGGAGAAGCUGAAUGAGUCUCUGAGCAGACCUGGGUCCAGACUGGGGGCUGUCACCCUGCUGGGUCACCUGAUCAGGAAGCAGCCCCCCUGGGUUCAUCACAUCAGCCAUUCGCCUCUGCUGUCAUCACUGCUGCGCUGCUUAAAGACUGACACUGACGUGGUGUUCCUGAUCACCGGAGUCCUGGUCCUCAUCACUCUCUUACCCAUGAUCCCUCAGGCUGGGAAGCAACACAUCUACGAUUUCUUCGAUGUGUUUGGACGUCUUGCCUCUUGGAGCUACAAGAAUAUUGGCCAUCUGCCUGUGGUCCAACUGGUCCAUCUGCACGCAGGUGUCUACUCUCUGUUCCACCGAUUGUAUGGGAUGUUUCCCUGUAACUUCAUCUCAUACCUGAGACUACACUACAGCAUGAAGGAGAAUCUAGACACGUUUCAGGAGGUGGUGAAACCAAUGUUAGAGCAUGUGCGGGUUCACCCAGAGCUGGUCACAGGGACUCAAGACUAUGAACUCGACCCGUCCAGGUGGAGGCGUUAUGAAGUCCAUGACAUCAUCAUCGAGUGCUCCAGGGUGUCUCUGGAUCCUCUGGAGUCUUCCUGUGAGGAAGAGAUUCACUCGUCUGCCUCGCUCAGACCUCCACCCGUAUCCUCCCCCCUCCCUCACCUGGACCUCUCCUCAUGUUCGCCGUUCACGGUGGCGGUCAGCAGCUCAGAAGUCUCCGCCUCCCUGAGUGGACGCCCACCUCUGCACACGCUCAGUUCGUCCUGCACUCAGCUUGAUGAUGUCACAUGGAGCCCCUCCUCCCACUGUGGUUUGUCCACGCCCCCUCCUGAGCCUGCUGGCCUGACACCCUCACUCAGCAGGACCGCGUCCGUCUCAGGUGUGAAAUGUCCCAUUGUUGUUACCGUCCCUGUGACCCCCACAAACGAAGACAUCCGCCAGCCGGACAGCAGCAGCCAGGCCAAGCAGCCAAUGACAGUGGAGCAGGAGGCAGGUUCUAGUGAUUUCAUGAACAGAGAUUUUAAACCAGCAGAGACUCGCCUUCCCUCCACAGCCCCCGGCACCCCCACCCUACCCCUGGCGCUCACCUCCACCCCCAGUCAGGAUGAGUCUUCCUCAGCCCUCUCCCAGCCGGCUUGUUCUUUUCCCUUCUUCCUCUCUCCCCCUCCUUUAUGCUCACACAUUUCUGAUCCAGGAGUGGUCUCUCUGUUAAGCCCCUCCCAUUGUGCUGAUAGCCCCGCCCCUCCGUAU